AUGCAUAAAGGGAAUAAGACCGACGCGCCUUACUUCAUCCUUGUGGGCCUGACAGAUACUAAGGACAUCGGGCUGGUGCUCUUCGUGCUGUUUCUGCUGAUUUACCUGGUCACCGUGCUGGGGAAUGCGGGCAUGAUAAUGGUCAUCCGCCUGGAUGCCCAGCUGCACACCCCCAUGUAUUUCUUCCUCAGUCACCUGUCUUUCAUUGACCUCAGUUACUCAAAUGUCACCACUCCUAAAACAAUAGGGAACUUACUGACCUCCAACAAGAAGAUUUCUUAUGCUAAUUGCUUCACCCAAAUGUACUUUUUUAUCUUCUUGACUGGAGCUGAGUGCUUUCUUCUGUCCUCCAUGGCCUAUGACCGCUACGUAGCCAUCUGCAAUCCUCUCCACUACCCGGUCGUCAUGUCCACAAGACGCUGCAGCCUCCUGGUCUUAGGGUCCUAUAUCAUAGGUUUUAUGGAUUCCUUGGUCACUGUGCUUGACAUGACAAAAUUGGACUUCUGUAAUUCCAACGUAAUCCAUCAUUUUUUCUGUGACACGUCCCCAAUUUUAGCCCUUUCUUGCACUGACACUCAGGAUACUGAACUUACGAUUUUCAUUUUGGCUGGCUCCACCCUCUUGGUCUCUCUCAUUAUGCUGUCAGUAUCCUACAUGUCCAUUGUCUCCACGAUCCUGAAAAUGAAUUCGGCGUCGGGCAAGAGAAAAGCCUUCUCCACCUGUGCCUCCCAUCUCCUGGCCGUCACCAUCUUUUAUGGCACUCUGAUCUUCACUUACUUAAAACCCAGGAAAUCUUACUCCCUGGGAAAGGAUGAGGUGGCUUCUGUGUUUUAUACUGUUGUUAUCCCCAUGCUGAACCCACUCAUUUACAGCCUCCGCAACAAAGAGGUGAAAAAUGCUGCCCUGAGAGUUCUGCAGAGGAGAGAGGGCUCCAGGCACUUGAAAUAG